AAAUCUAGAAAAAAAAAAAAAUCUAGUAACCGUUUUCCAUCCUGUCCAGAUCAGCCAGUGUUUGGUCAGCUGGUAGCUGGUCUGACAAAGAUGGCGUUUUUGUCCAGCUUAGAGGAAAAGCCUACGUUGGGUUUGGUCUUUACAUAGAACACUCAUACAGGGGAACUGAAGAGCCUUUGUAUAGAGGGUGGAGUCUACUAAAACGAUUUGGAGAAAUUUGACACAGGAUUCUUGAGUGACUGAGGUCACAGUACAUUUAUAAUCUCAGGAUGGACAAAAGAAGUUCUCAUGAGCUCCUGAGGGACACGUAGAAGCUCAAAGGAACUUCAGAUCCAUGAGUAAAGGAAACGAGGGCGUGGCCGAAAAAAGGCGUCAGGUAAACCCUGACACGCGAAGAAAGCCUUGUUCUUUUCUUUCUUCUGGGUCGCUUAUAUGUCAUUUUCACCACCAUUUAACGUUAACAAAUGCGCUAUAUGAAUCACAGAAUAUGUGUUAUUCUGUGUAUAACCAAGUGACACCGCUAAACCGUUAGCACGACAGCGUGUGUGUGUGUGAUGUGGAGCGCUCCAUUAGAUUUCCCCGAAGCUGCCCGUUAUUUUGGGAGGACGCUCCGCCCAGCGACUGGUCAGCGAAAAAAAACAAAAAACCAACUCGCUUUACUUUCACAGCCGGACUCGUGGUCAAGCUGCUGCAGUCAGACGAAGCUGACGGAAAAAGUGUUCAAGUCGGAAAAACCGAGCGAAGUUAUUUAGCGUGCCAAAUAUAAACAACAUGGCGAGUCAGCGGAGGACGCAGUAGCGUAGGUAGAGAGGACUCGCACUGCUGUAGUCACCUAAGUAACUAGGGGUGAAGUGUGAAACUGCCUUGAAUUUGGGUUUUUUUUUCCACUGGAGAUCAUCACUAUGGCAGUUCGGGGAAAGGAAAACAAAAUUAGGGUUGACUUGCUAAGAAACCUUUCGGUAAACAGUAGGGUGAUUGUCUGAGACGAUGAAGAGUUUACGCUGCGUUGGUUCUCAUUGUAGCGGAUUGGACAAGUCUCCGUGUCGAGCAGGACUCUUCGCGUUCACGGAGGGACUACCUCUAAGGAACUACACUAUUAUGUAAAUAUCAUAUAAAUAAAUGUCCCGGAUGGGAAGUGUGACCGGCUUGGAGUUGAGAGACACGCGCUGAUUUUCUGCUCCGUCUUGAGGAUGUCCGGGCGCGUGAAAGGUCGUGCGCGAGGACGUAACUGUGUUCGCACCGCGUUGUUACAUCGUCUAUUUCACUCGACCCAGCAACACACCUUUAGUUUCUGUUUUCUCCUAAAUGAUCACCUGUGUUGACUUUGUCAUGGCACUGAGGUCUAGAAAAGCGUGGACCAACGUGAUGGUCGGGCUUCUGCUCGGGUUCACUGCAGCAUCCUGGCUUCUGGUGCCCCGGGUCACUGAGCUCAAAAAGACCUCCAUGUGCUCUCCGUACAAUCUGGGUAAAGUUUCAGAAAUGGUUAGAACCCCUGUAACUAAGGACUCGUGGCAGGAGAGCCAGCACAGACCAUCCUCCAGCAGAGAAAGAAGCUAUGAAGACGAGGACGAGGAGCAAAGUGUGGACAGGCCGAGCCACAGUGGACCCGUUCCUCAUCCCAAACGCUUCCUCUACGUCGGGGUCAUGACAGCUAAAAAAUAUCUGGACUCAAGAGCGGUGGCUGUGUAUAAGACGUGGGCGCCGAGCAUCCCAGGAAAGGUGGAGUUCUUCUCAAGCCAAGGCUCUGAUUCUGUGCCACUUCCUUUCCCACUGCCAGUGGUCUCACUGCCCGGUGUCGAUGAUUCGUAUCCGCCACAGAAGAAGUCCUUCAUGAUGUUGAAGUACAUGCAUGACCACUACCUGGACAAAUACGAGUGGUUCAUGAGGGCUGAUGAUGACGUCUACAUCCGAGGUGAAAAGCUGGAGCUCUUCUUGCGUUCGCUCAACAGCAGUAAGCCUCUGUAUCUGGGGCAGACAGGUCUAGGCACCACAGAAGAACUUGGCAAGUUGGCACUGGAGCCUGGAGAGAAUUUUUGCAUGGGUGGCCCGGGCAUGAUCUUCAGCCGUGAGGUACUGCGCUUGAUGGUGCCCCACAUCAGCACCUGUCUGAAGGAGAUGUACACCACGCAUGAGGAUGUGGAGGUGGGCCGCUGCGUCCGGAGAUUCGGGGGAACCCAGUGUGUCUGGUCAUACGAGAUGCAGGAACUGUUCUACGAAAACUAUGAGCACAAGAAAGGCUUCAUUGAGGAGCUGCACAGCAGCAAGAUUCACAACGCCAUCACUCUGCACCCCAACAAGCGCCCGGCUUACCAGUACAGGCUGCACAACUACCUGCUCAGCCGUCAGAUCUCGCAGCUGCGCUACCACACCAUCCAGCUACAUCGUGAGAGCAUGAGCAUGAGCCACCUCAGCAACACAGAGCUGCAGUGGGAAGACCAGCAGCUAGGUGCAGCCCCGUCCUACACCCGCUACCAGCCAGCCGAACGAGCAGACGUCAUAGAGUGGGAUUUCCUUAACGGGAGGUACCUGUACUCUACUAGCGAAAAGAACGUGCCUCGUCAGGGUCUCGGCAACGUUCUACGCUCUGCCUUAGAGCACACGGUUCUCCAGGUGAUGGAGAUGAUCAAUGAGAACUCCAAAGUUCGAGGACGCGUGAUUGACUUCAAAAAGAUCCAGUAUGGUUAUAAGCGGGUGAAUCCUUUACAUGGUGCCGAGUACAUCCUGGACCUUAUGCUGCUCUAUAAGAGGCACAAAGGCCGAAAAGUGACCGUGCCCGUCCGGAGACAUGUCUACCUGCAGCAGUCCUUCAGUAGGCCUUAUUUUAAUGAACCGGAGCAGCUAGAUGUCGCUGAACUAGUAGAGGCAAUCAAUAGUGACUUUCAGUCUUUUUCGCUUCUCUCUAAUUCACUCAAGAUCUUUUACCCUUUUCAAUUUUCAGAGUCGAACAGGGAGAUACGAGAGCAAGGUCAGAAGAAGCUGCACAUCCUCGUACCGCUUAUGGGUCGCUACGAUACGUUCGUUCGCUUCAUGGACAACUUCGAGAAGGUCUGCCUUAUUUCUAACCAGAAUGUAAAACUAAUUAUCAUCCUAGUGGACAAUGAUAGCAACCAAGACAAGGAGAAGCAUUUGGACCUGAUUAAGGAGUACCAUAAUAAAUAUCCCAAAGCAGAUCUGUCAGUAAUACCAAUGAGUGGGGAGUUUUCUAGAGGUCUCGCCAUAGAAAUGGGGGUCUCUGGCCUUAAUAAUAACACUCUGCUAUUUUUCUGUGAUGUGGAUCUGGUCUUCAACGGUGACGCACUCCAGCGAUGUAGAGACAAUGCCGCUGAAGGGAGGCAGGCCUAUUUUCCAGUUGUAUUCAGCCAGUACAAUCCCAAAAUCGUCUUCGGCGAGAGCCAUACUGAAGACACCAACUUUGUCUUCACCAAAAAAUCCGGCUUCUGGCGAGAUUACGGCUUCGGGAUCACCUGCAUAUUCAAAGGUGACUUGCUAAAAGCUGGCGGGUUUGACACUUCAAUACAAGGCUGGGGGCUGGAGGAUGUCGACUUGUUCACGAAGAUCAUCAACUCUGAUUUAAAAGUGUUCCGUUCACAAGAACCGGGCAUAGUGCAUGUUUAUCAUGCUGUUCAAUGCGAUACUAAUCUAGAGCCCAAGCAAUACAAAAUGUGCCUGGGGUCCAAAGCGAGUACGUAUGCAUCCGCGAUGCAGUUAGCCGAACUGUGGCUAGAGAAACAUUUAGGCGUGGGAUACGGGAACAGAACUUCCUCCUGACGUUCCGGCUGUCUGUCAGUGUCACCGGAGAUUACCUCAGUUCCUCAGUACAUGAAUGCAAAAGACUGGUUAUGUGUCUUCAUGUCUAAAGUAUAAGCAAGCGUGUGAAACGAACGGUACUCUAGCAGCACUUGGCGCUGCGUAUUUAUUUGUGCAGUCGACUUUUUCACAGCGUCUUCCAAAGGUCAUUUAGGAAAAUGAGAAAACCAUUCGUUUUGUGCUCGUUGUUGAAAACAUGAAAUCAGCUGAUUUACUCAGGAGCAUAUUUCUCAUCACAUGACCACCGUCUGUGAAUGUUCAGUAUUAUCCUCACCAUUAAAAGCCGUACGAGAAGUGCUCUUCUUUCCGGGUUAAAGUGGACACAAACACCACCAUGAAUAAAUAAAUUAUUAAUAAAUUAAUAUAUAUUUCCAUGGGGACAUUAUUAUGAAAGUACCAUACAUGUGCUUUAAAGGGGACUGAAAAAAAAAAGUUUUCUUUAUACUAAUAAAAUAUUUUUUAUUUCUGCAGUAUUUUAAAGGUUACUAUAACUUUUAUUUUCCAGUUGCAAUAGGAUCGUUAUGUUAAGGUACUGGUUGCCUUCCAACAUUUGCUGUAUUCUUUGUUCUUUUAAUUUUUGUGAAACUCAGUGUAUCUGUUUAUCAUUUUUGCUUUGUGAGAAAAUUUCAUUUUAUGGCAUUUAAAAAAAGCUUUCAGUUGAUUAUUUAUAAUAAAUGUUGAAACGCAUAAA